AAAAUAUGUUAUUUAAAAGUUUUAUGCGAAAUAUGAGUGUUUAUAAUCAGUCUUGAAUUUUAGUAACAUUCUUGUAUGAAUAAACUUACCAUUACACAUGAUUUCAUCUCAUAAUUAAUUCCAUAUAAUAGAUUGCCAAAUUUUCACGGUUAGCGGUGAAAGAGUGUUCAGAUCAAUUAUUUCGUGACUUACCCCAUACAUUAAAACAAUCUAUUCACCUAAAAUGGAGCUUCCGGGGAUGUACAGAAAUUUAUGGAUUACAAUUUUAGCAUUCCGAAAUGUGGUUCUCUGCUUUUUAUAUGCUGGGCUAUUAACGUUACUUCCAAUUAUGGUACCUGGUAAGCCAGCAAGAGGAGGCUAUGUUCUACUUCUUAUGUCUGGUUUAUGGGUGACUGAAAUCAUACCGAUUUAUGUGACUGCUCUAAUCCCACUGGUGUUUGGACCACUACUUGGAAUAGCACCGGCAUCAACUAUUUCUCCAUCUUAUACAAGAGAUACAAACAUGCUGUUUUUCGGGGGUUUAAUGAUGGCGUGUGCAAUAGAAAAUAAUUAUGUUCACAAAAGAAUAGCAAUUUCAUUUUUAAAACUUGUAGGAAGUGAUCCAAAAAUGCUUAUGCUCGGCUUUAUGUUACCCAGCUGGUUUCUGUCUAUGUGGAUGAGCAAUACUGCUACUACAGCCAUGAUGAUAACAAUUUUGGAUCCACUAUUGACUGAUUUAAUGAAAGUUGAUGAAGCAGAUGAAGAAGAACAUAAUGACAGUAAUGAAUCAACUUUGAGUUCAGUGAAGCCUGAAAUUGGUAAUGGACAAGAUUCUCAGGUAUCUAAUACCAACUGUGUACAAAAUGAUAAUCCUGUUGCAACAUCUAAAGUUUCAAAUGAACAGUCGAAAUUGAAACGAAUGAGUAUUGGAUUUAGUCUCAGUAUUGCUUAUGCAUCUUCAAUUGGCGGUGUGGCAACAAUCAUAGGUACUCCACCUAAUUCCAUUCUUCAAGGAACUACCUUAAGUCGAUACGGUGAUUCAACUGGUUUGAAUUUCGGUACUUGGAUGGCUUACGCACUUCCGCUUUCAGCUUUCAUGUUCCUGUUCGUCUGGAUUUGGCUUAUCAUUUUGUUCUUCGGUCCAAAAAGUUUGUGUACGUUUAAGCAGUCGAAAAGAAAGAAAGAACGGUUAGCCCAAAUAUUAGAAGCAGAACAACAGAAACUUGGAUCGAUCAAAUAUUGUGAAGUACUCUCUGGAGGUCUUUUCCUAUUGCUCACAACACUAUGGAUGACGCGAAAUAUUGGGUCAUCAGGAUGGGGAAAGCUUUUUGUUGACCCCUCUGAUCCUAAAACAUCAAAAUACAUAACAGACAGCACCCCAGCUAUCUUAAUGGCUAUCAUAACAACGAUCUUACCAGCAUCUAAUCCAGUUAAGCUUUGGAAACACUGGAAACACUGUUACAAAACUAAAACAGAGCCAGACCCAGAAAUAACCCGUGUCCUUCUUCCCUGGAAAGUAGCAUUGGUGAGGUUCCCGUGGGGUGUAAUUGUGGUGGUCGGAGGAGGAUUCGCGCUGGCAACUUUAAUGCAGGCUUCUGGUUUGACAAAUGUAAUUGGAGAAUAUCUUAGUGUGCAUCUGAAAUACAUUCCAUUUACGAUUUUAAGUAUAGUCUGUACACUUACAGCAGCAGCGAUGACUGAGUUCACAUCCAAUUCAGCUACAGCUUCAAUUAUUUUACCCAUUAUUUAUGGUUUAUGCGAGGGACUUGCGAUCCAUCCCUUUUUGUUAGCGUUCCCUGUAACUGUUGCAACUUCCUAUUCAUUCGCACUUCCUGCUGCUACACCUCCUAACACUAUUGUUUUUGCCAAAGGAAGGGUUCGGGUUAAACACAUGUUAUUGGCCGGGAUCCCAUUGAACAUAGUGGGUGGUUUAGCUGCUGUUGCAGCUGUAUCAAGUUACACGGUGCCGAUAUUCGGGUUGAAUACUGUGCCUUCUUGGUUUAAAUCCGUGACGAAUACAACAAACACCUGAGUUUUUUAUGGACGUUUAUAUCUCUUUUGUUAAAAUAUGUGAUUUCUAUUCA